CAAAAUCAAAUGAAUGAAGUGAAUGCGACAUUGCAGAUCAGUGGCGUAGAAGUUCUUGCCAGACAGAUUAACAAGGCAGAGGACAAAUUCGAGAGUUUUGCAGUGUCUAUAAAUCAAACGUUCAACAAUGUUCGAGAGGAUCUGAGCGAUUUAAACUGUACUCUUUUGUCGAAAGUGCUUUCAAUUAAUUAUCAUAGUUGCUGGGACAUUUCACGGAAUUGUCCGAGCUCAAAAGGAAAAGAUGGUUUAUACAGAAUAUCAGUAGGCUCUGAGGUCAAGUCUGUUUACUGUGACAUGAGUACUGAUGGAGGAGGAUGGACGGCUAUACAAAGAAGACAAGAUGGAUCUACAGAUUUUUACCGGACAUGGUCGGAAUAUAAACAAGGAUUUGGGGAUCCAUCUGCAAACUACUGGAUUGGAAAUGACGAAAUCUAUGAGUUGACAAACAACAAGGACCAGGAACUCCGGGUUGAGCUACAGAGGUUUAAUGGUGAUACAGCAUACGCUCAGUACUCCACGUUUUAUGUCGGGGACGAGGACACUAAAUACAAACUCACUGUGUCCGGGUUCUCAGGAACGGCAGGUGACAGUUUGACUUAUAACAGUGGAUCUAGAUUUACUACUAAAGACCAGAAGAACGACGGGUAUAGUGGUGUUAACUGUGGGACAUUAUUUCACGGAGCCUGGUGGUACAGAUCCUGUACCCUAUCAAACCUUAACGGAGAGUUCGGACAGUCUGGUGUGUCUGGUGGUAAAUACACGACGUGGUAUUACUGGAAAGGAAAUGAAGCAUUAAAACAGACUGUGAUGAUGAUCAGACACAGGAACUAG